AUGGAACAAGUGUAUGGCAAUUUCAGUGGAGCACACUACAAACCCAAACCAUUGAAAUCUGAAACACAAACUCGAUACUUGUGGACUGAUGCGUUUGCAGUUUGUAAUUUCCUUUCGUUGCAUGUGGAAAGUGGUCAAGAUUCGUAUUUGGAACAAGCUAAGGCACUUAUUGAAGAGGUGCAUCAAGUUCUUGGAAAGGAUCGUUCAUUGCAACAUUAUUUGGGUAAGUACAUGCAGUUUCUAAUAACUAAUCUACUAAAUUAUUCGAAAGGAAAAUCCAAUGCUGAACAUCCCCUGUUGGGAGGUUUACGAAUUGGCAAGGAAGCCGAUGAAGAUGACGAAGAUGGCGAUGGUCAAUACUUUCACUAUCUCACCAAAUGGAUGUUUGCCCUCAACAGAACGUCACUAAUCACUCGAGAUGUGAAAUACAAUGAAUGGGCAAUUGAAAUGGCUCAAUCCAUGCAUAACAAGUUUAUCAAUCAUAGUUCUUCACGUGGAUUGAGGAUGUUCUGGAAGAUUUCCAUUGAUGGCUCGAGACCAGUUGUGAGAUCUGAAGGAAAUUUGGAUCCGUAUGAUGGUUAUGUUACUUAUAGACUUUUACAAUUGGUCAACCAGCAAUUAAAAGAAGGAAAGAAUGUGGAUGGAAGUGUUUUGAAUAGAGAAAUUGAAGAAAUGAAGGGAAUGGUGAUGGGAAAGUAUUUAAUGUAUCAGAGUUCGGAUCCUCUGGAUUUGGGAGAAACUCUUUGGUUGACCAGUUGGUUUCCUGAUGAAGAUUGGGCGAAUCAUAUGAGAAAAGUUGCCAUUUCUAAUAUUGAAGAGAUAUUCGAAAGCACGAUUAAGAGUACUAGAAGAAGAUUAGGUUUCAGAGACUUUGGUGUUUCGAUUGGAUUGCAAACUAUUCCAGAAAAUGAAAAAGAUGGAGAAACUAGACGAAUUGUUGAGAAUAUUCACUCUCUAUGGAAAGAUCAUCUAUUCGAAAGAGAUCAUGACAUAACUCCGGUCAUGUACUGUUCAUCUCUUUUACCUGGCGUCUUCAAUCCCAACUUUCUAUAUUAG